AUGUCUGCCUCUAUCGACAAAUAUAGCGUUAUUCUUCCAACAUAUAACGAACGUAGUAAUCUCCCAGUCAUUAUAUGGUUACUAGCUAAAACCUUUAAAGAAAACGAUCUUUCUUGGGAGGUUAUCAUUGUGGACGAUGCUUCACCUGACGGAACUCAAGAAAUUGCAAAGCAACUAGCUAAAGUUUACGGUCCUGAGCAUAUUUUGCUAAAACCAAGAGCAGGAAAACUUGGUCUUGGGACUGCAUAUGUCCAUGGGCUCCAAUUUGUUACUGGAAAUUUUGUUAUUAUCAUGGACGCCGAUUUCUCACAUCACCCAAAAUUCAUUCCGCAAUUCAUAAAACUACAGCAAACUAAAAACUAUGAUAUCGUUACUGGGACGCGUUAUGCUGGUAAUGGUGGAGUUUAUGGGUGGGAUCUUCGACGUAAGGUGAUAAGCCGCGGUGCAAACUUUUUAGCAUCUACAUUAUUGCGUCCAGGAGUCUCUGAUCUUACUGGAAGUUUUCGAUUAUAUAAAAAACACGUACUGGAACAAUUAAUUUCUGCAACUAUUUCCAAAGGAUACGUAUUUCAAAUGGAGAUGAUGGUGCGAGCUCGACAUCUAGGCUUCACUAUCGGUGAAGUACCAAUUACAUUUGUGGAUCGAGUCUAUGGUGAAAGCAAAAUGGGCGCAAAUGAGAUCGUGCAAUAUGCCAAGGGAGUUUGGCAAUUACUUUCCCUAGGAAGAGAAUCUUUAAAGAGAUCCGGUAAUACCAAAGAAGGAUCUUUGGAUUUGCAAUUCGAGUUUUAUCACAGAAAAAUCUUUAAAACUGGAGAGUUUCCAUCGCAAGCAAAGCAAGCAACAUACGGGCGGCCACAAACUCACAAACCGCCUCACAAUGGACAAAAGCCCAGGGUCAUUUUUACAUCUUAA